GAAAACCUUGCGAUGUGAAUUCUAAAGGAUUGUGAUGCACUGCUCGGCGAAGACCGAGGGAAUGUUAUAUAGGGAGAGAAGGGCGAUGUAGCGUGCCUAUUCUGAUCCAGUGGCACCGAACAGCACUAUUCUAUUCUCGCAGUGACGAGUUUGCCGGAUUGUGGUGACGGCUUUGCCGGGUGCUUACAAUCCAUGUUCUGUAUUCAAAGUCAAGCCUCCUACAGUCAGCAAAUCGCCUCGCCAUCCAUUAGACCGAUGCAGCGAGAAAAGGGUGGAAUCUGAGAGCAGUCUCGUUGACCAGGUUGACAGCACCAGGAAGUGACUUAGAAGCAGGAGAGCAGGACUCGGAUGCUCCCGGCAAAUGUGGAUCCUAUUAAGCCACAAACUUCUCUCGCAGCUCAGGACUUGGGUGCAGGAUUUCGCCGGCGCAAGUCCACAAACCUUUGCCGGCGAGUCGAGCGUUGAAUUGUGUCGUCACGAAAAGCGAGCAGCGGGCAAAUAUUUCAACGAAAUUAAUGUCCCCGUUCGCGAGGGGAUAAACAUCCGAAGUCACAGCGUUGACUACUCUCUAUCUCACUCCAGGCUUCGAGCAGGAUCUGACUGCGAUCCGAUUCUCCCGCUUCUCAUGGUCAAGCUGCGGGCAAGUCCGCGGAGCUCAACCACUUGCAGCUUAAGCUCCGCAGCCAGAUUCCUUGUUCGGUACGACAAGAAGCAUAUACUUCUAUUAACACGAAUGAUAACAUACCUUCAAUUCAAUACAUGCAGCACAGCCCUCGUUCUCCCCUCAGUGCGCUUUCCCAGCAUUCGGAUUCCGAUGUACACGAUGUUGUUCGAAAUUUAG